AUGUCAGACGAGCAGCUUGAUGGCGUUGAGAUGCCAGAUGUCCCCCUCGUAGACUUAGCAAAGUGCCUGGAGAAAGACGCAUCAGUGAGAGCCCGGGUGAUGGAAACUGAGGGUGGCCAACUCACACGUUGGCCAAACAAAAAUGCAGUUGGUUUGAAAUCGGUAAAGGCCAUGGGCCUAAAUUCAACAGCACUAGAAAUCAUGGCGGAAUGGUGGGUGCAGGAAUUGAGGCGAAUGCUUGGCAAGAACCCCAAGGAUGCGGUGAUCGUGCAUGUCGAUGGCAAGGGCUUGAAGUCUUUGUUUUCGCAUGGCAUCUGUCGUUUCAAGGACCGAUGUGAUACUAGUGAGCCCCGAGCAGCUUCUUCUGCUCCAGCUGCUGCACCUGUGCCAGCGCCAGAGGCAGCAGUUGUGGAGGAUCCGAGAGAUGGUGGGGAAGAUGAUGCUAUCAUGGUAGACUCUGUGACCUCGGGUGAUUUGGUUGUAGCAGUUUCAACAGACACGUUGAUGGAUACACCAAGCCAUGAGGAAUUUCAAGACUCACAAACAGACCCUGGAUGUUACUUGAGCCCAGUGCAUGAACCGAUCGAAAACCCAAGUGAAGAGUCAGAACCAGUUUCCAUGAGUUCGGCUAUGCUGCCCCCAUCCAUGGUGCCAGAGAAGAAGAGGGUUGCCGCAGACUUGGGGGACAGCCUUGACCCUUAUGCCCCUGGUCUAUCCUAUGAUGAGACUGCACGCAGGGUCCGUGCCCGGAUUCUUUUGCUCCAGUUCUUUGGCACGGAAGCUACUGAGACCCUGCCCAUGACUGAGACACAGGUCAUGGAAGUGUUUGAAGGCUUCUCGAAGCAAGAAUCCCCCCCUUGUUCCAGAUCCGCUACGGAGAAGGAUAUCAUGGUUUUUCAGAAGAAGCUUCAACGAUUGGAAAGCACCCUGAUUCUUGGCGAUUCUCCACAGCCUGAAGUGGUUCCUUCUCAUGAUGGUGGGGCAGCCUGUCCAGACAGUCCCAUGCCUGUGUCACCUGCGGAUGAAAUCUCAUUGACCCAGCUGAAUCCUGCGGAGGUUAGCCCUGAUGGAUGUGACCCAGCAAAUCCUGUGGAGGUGGAGGUCAGCUCUGAUGAUUCCGAUGGACAAACAGUUCCCCCAGUCUUACGAGAAGCUCAAGAUGCUUGGAAAGGUGCUGCCAUGGCCAAAGCCCCAAAGGAGGAGAAGGAAGAAUCGCGUGGUCGUGGAAGAGUUCGCGGGAGAGGUCGUGGCGGCCGGGCUCCCAAGCAACCUGCGGCCACUGAUGAGGUUGAGGUUGUCGCUUGCCCUCGCCGUGACUUGGAGUCUGCUUUUGACGCGGUGGAUGACACAGGUCCAAACGUGGAGGUGCCAGACUCUAAGGCAGCCAAAAAAGAAAAAAAGAAGAAAAAUGCGGAACCGACCAACAGUACCUCCAAGCGCAAGGAGAAGAAGGGUGUGGAGAAACCGAAAAAACAUCGUAAGAGCAUGGACAAGAAGGAUGGCAAGGACAAACCUGAUGAGCCAGAACAAGAUCCUGAGAUGAACAACCUCCUUGGUGGCAAUUCAACGUUUGCUGGAAGGUAUCCUCCUGACAGUGCUGAAGCCAGGAACCGCUUUGUGGCCAUGGUUUCCACCUACCUCUCGAAGGUGGCGCCGCACAUCGACAGCUCCAAUACUACUCAGCACUACUGGUGGAAAUUUGCUUUCAAGUCGAUUGCGAAGACCAAGAAUGUCACCUUGGAUGAUUAUCGUCGCAUUGUUGAAGGUGAAGUUGCGAAGUACCCACAUCCAGAAGAAUGUCAGGACUCAGGCGUGGGCAAAACUGGCUUGCUGGCCGGGGCUAUCUGUCAGACCAAGGUUGAUGGUGAGCCUGGCAUUGCAGGGCAAGUUCGCCCAGCUAUUGAUGUCUUUCAAUGCAAGCUGUGGAUGCAGAGCUAUGGGGGCCGUUGCCCCAAACCGACGAUGCUGGUUGCGAACACAGAGCUAAUCCAGAAGCUCGAGACUAGUAAGCCCAGGGGUGUGAAAGAAAGGUUGAUCUUCGCACCCCGCUCCAUGUCCUUUUCGGCGAAUACCCUUGGAGCUUUGCAAGAGUGGCUGGCACGCAAUGAGAAGAGCCGGCCAAUUCCCACACCGGUUCGGCCUCUUGAGGCUUCGCGACCUUCUUCUGCUCAUCAACCUCAAGUUGCUGGGAAUGUGGGGGCUGGUGCCGAGGUGGGUGAGAGUCACCACUACCGUGAGUCCAUCUCCAAUGCCCCCUUGACCUGUGGUUAUGCUACCCCUGAUGAAAGUGAUUCUGAUGUUGACAUGGAAAAAUUGAAUUUCAAUGAAGAUGGGAUUGUGCAACCGCCGGAAGUGGAGGUCCCCAAGGCAGACUCCAACGUGGGCUUGUCGCCGCGUGAUCUGCCAAAGCCCCCUGUUGCUGUUGAUGGCAUCCUUUUGAGUGGGGUUCCCUCGAUCGCGGAUCAGCAAGCUCCAAAGCCGCAGCUUCAAGUUCAUGAUAUUUCUCCAGCAGCAACCGCCAACGAAACCUUCAUCUCUGAAGUGGAGAUCUUACGUGAAGAGAUGCCUGAAACCGAAGUGGUUGUGGAGGGCCAAUUUGCUUCGGAGGCUGAAAUGGUUGAAUGGGGCUUCAGUGAGCAGCGAAUCACCGCUGUGAAAGAGCACUGCAAGACCAAUCCUACUAAGCUUCUGAGGAAAGACAUCUACGAGAAGACCCUGCUCUUUUACGUCGAACGUUGCAUCAAAGGUACUGAGAAGAGAAGAUCCCGCCUCACAAUGAGCAAGAGGGCACGCUUUGAAGAGUCCGGCAUCGAUGGCAUGGACAAUGGCUUUGAGAUGCCAGAUGCAUCUGCGGUUGAAGGCGACGAGACGCAGCAGCUCUUGGAUGAGUCCGAGAAGGUGGAUGCUGCUGCCAAGAAACGUAAGACAGCUCUGUGCAAACGAAUCAAAAAGAUGGAAGAGCUUGCUCAGAAGUUCAAUGUUGACUGGGCUCUAACGGAAUUGCAACAACGGCUCCAGACUGCCAUCAAGGAUUCGUGCAAGGCCUUGGAAAAGUGGCAUGGAACACUUUCGGAUGAGUACUCCGCUGGUGUGAUCAAUGGGUAUUCGAAGGAGACAGAAGCUCGUUUGAGAAAGCUGAUCGAUGAUGCUGGUGCACAGAGUGUGGUCGAACGUGCACCUGGUGAUACCAGCCAGAACUAUGCUGAAAUUUUGGCGGAUGGGGUCCCAGCAGCUGCUUUGCGCCACUACGGCGACCUUGCCAGGGCUGAGAUGGGUGAAUGUGGGAAGAACCUGGCGCCAACAAAUUCUGCCAGGGAUGCUCAUGCCUUUAUCAACCGGUGGGGUUUGAGUUGGAGGGUCCCAUACUCGCUCUUCAAGUACCAGGAAUCCGGACAAAGUUACGAGUUUUCAUACUUGAGCCCCAUAUCCUUCACAAAGUAUCUACUUGAGAAAGCCCCUCAGCUGGUCAUGGGUGGCAUUGAUGGAUGCCAAGGCCGGAAAAAUUUGGAAUCGUUCUGGGCUUCCUACAGGGCCAUCGAUCCUGAACAUAUUUUUUUCCAAGAAGAUUGCCCAGGGAGAACAUCGUCCAACACUUUGGCUUUUGCUGUUCAUGGAGAUGAGGGAAGGGGUGCUAAAAAAGGCAACACUUGCAUCAUCAGCAUGGAAACUGUUCUGGGUCUGCGACAUCCAUCAGCCCAGUGGGAUUCAACUACCUGUUCUGAAUGCGUAGUUUCCGCUAAAGGGGCAAAACGCUUUAAGCUAGGCCCUGAGACCACCCAGCAUCACAGUAUGGACGUGCCUCCAUGUGCGAAGCAAGUGACCAACCUCAAGGAGCACAGCUAUUUGACUAAGUUUGUGUUGGGGGUACUACCCAACAAGUAUUACAAAGGAACUGGUGUGUUGGAUGAAUUCCUCACUGUGCUAUGUGCAGCCUUUGAGGUGUUGUUCAAUGAUGGUGUGCUUAUUGGAUCUGACAGAUGGUAUCUUUGCGUGGUCGGCCUCAAGGGCGAUCUACGUUGGCACGAAAAGACUGCGCAUUUGGAGCGCAAAAUCCUUCACAAACUGGACUUUGUGAAGGCAGGAUCCUUCACAAACUGGAUCCUUCACAAACUGGACUUUGUGAAAGGACUUUGUGAAGAAGGAAGGGUGGAGGAGUUGUCGUCCUGCCUGCCGGGCGAUAAAGUGAUUGUAUGGUACAGUGAUGACUCGGUCUAUCAUGAGAGAGUGCUGCUGUGGAAAACUGGUGAGUCAACUUGGUAUAUUGUUACCCCUGAUCAUGACGUUUAUGUGGAGGAUUUCAAUGACCCGGCCAAUGGUCCAGCCAGAUUCCACAUCAAAGGGCUUCAUUUCAAGUACUAUUCAAGGCUGUCUCAUGGAGUUUACAGAUUUGAUGACGAACUUUCAGAAGAUGAGCUGAAGAAGUUCAUUGAGGAGGCUUUGGACGAUCUAGGCUAUGAUGUGCUGCCCCCAGGAGCUUGGUGCCCAGGUUUUGCUAGGGUUGGCAAGAACCAAGUUAGCCUCUCCAAAAUGUUAGGCCAACGAGUGGUCCCCAGAGCGGUCAAGAGCAGAGGCAAAGGGGUCAUGGACGGCCCAGUGCCAGGCCUCCAAGGCUUGACUGCCGACUUAGCCCCUGAACUUGUCAGUGAGGUUUUCCCCAUUGACCCGGCACCGCCAGGCAAGAUCUGGGUCUCCUUCGGAGGUCCAGGCGACAUGGCAACACUUUCUGAAGUCCUGGUGUCGAAGGGCCAGGGUAUCCGAACUGGUAGCUUGGAAGGGCUUGCACACAUCGAUGGGCAAUGGCUGCAUGUUCGCCUGAUUGACGAGCAGCAGUUCAACAGUUUGGUGUCCAAAGGCAAUGCGCCUACUCCUUCUGCAAGGUUGGCCAGGGACUUAGGAGUAGAAGAAGCAAGCGGUUCCCAGGAGAAGGCUGCCACCUCAGGAGAACAGAUGAGUGAGGACGCGAGGACGUUGUAUGUUGACUACGAUGAUGAAGGUGAGCGUUUCAAGGAGUGGAGGCAGGUCACCCUUGAGAGCAGGGAGUACAACUACAAGGAUUGGCCAUUAGAUGGCCCAAUGACGACGCACCAUUUCAUCAAGCAUACAUACCGACAUGGAGGAGAUCCAAAGCGCUGGUUGUCAGAGUGGAUGCGCGCCAAACAAAUACAAGAAGGUGAUCGUAUCAGCUUCGAAAUGAAGAUUCUGAUCGAGAGCCUCUACAUAGCCGGCACAUACGACCAACUCAAUGUCAGUGGGCUGGCUUCUGUGGAAAUCCUGGUCCGGAGAAUCCAAGCCAUCGUGGACGCGUACUCCGCCGGGCCCAUUCCAGACUGGAACUCAGCGAAGAUCAUGACCCUCUACAGGUCACCUGAGGAUGCGAUCAGCCCUCAGCUCAAAACUUGGGCUGCCAGAAGGAACAAGGAGGAGCUUGACCUUGCGCAAACGCGAGCAAAAGUCCGGGAAGGCAGAAGGGUUGCAAUCUUGACUGAGGAGAGCGCUGCAAGUGCAGUUGCGGAUGGAGUGCUUCCAGCCGGGGGGCCGAAAGCCAAGGCCAAGCAGAAAGGCAAAGGUCGCGGCUUGGAGAGAAGCGCUCAGCGUGUGGCAAGAAAAGGCCACGUCGACCAAAGGACUCAGGAUGCUGUUUUGAGCUUGAACUGGUUAGCUGGCUUUGGUUUCACAGAGAAUUCAGGAAUUUAUGCGCCUGAUCCACUUCAAAGGAACGUGUUGGAUCGUGUGCACUUUUUAGCGAACCUCUGCAACUCGAAAGGAGAGCUGGACCAGGUUCCCAAACCGGAGGCAGCCCUGAUGGCGCUGCUCCAGGGCCGUUCUGAGUAUGGCUCCGAACUGCCGACUACUUUGGCGGUCUGCGACCUCGAGCGCAUUUCUCUUCCACAUACUUUGCAAGGUGCACCAGAGGCUGUAUCUUUAUUGGAUGAGAAAGCCCGUCGAUACUUGCAGGACCCCGAGCAAAUGCUGAGGGCGUUGGGCUGCGACCUUCGUGGAGAGCUCAUGGCUUCAAGGGUGACCCCCAGAAAGGUGACAAACGAGUGGAAAGCUGGAAGUUUGGAGGACCAGGAGUACCUUCAGCUCAGUGGUUGGGGCCUCAAUGAAGCUUUUGAGGAGGUGCCGGGAUAUUUGCUCCAAAAGGGCCGAUGGACGCCACGGCUCUGGGGUAAGUGGAAUCAUGAGGCAGGUAUUUUGGAGCUAGAGGAGUAUGACGAGUCCAAAAGCUUGACCCAUGCCAUCCCCCGGACCGUCACAGAAGCGGAGGGAACCCACUCUGAAGCCUCCUUUCGAGAGGUCCAGAACCACAGCUCCCAAGCGGAGCCGGGCGUGUUCAACCUGCUAGAUGUGGUUUUGAGUGCACCAGUGAAGAGUGCCAAAAGGGCACGCUCGGAGAGCAGCACCGGCUCCACCAGCUCGACUCAGAGCGCAAAGAAAAAGAAAAGAACAGACAAGGCAGUGGAGAAGAGACAGAAAAGAAGGGCAGUGCAAAUGGUGAACCAUGUCAUGGAAGGCGGCAACCUCACCUUCCUGGAAAGCCGAGCAGUGGGAGCGGCAGCUUCGCGACAAUACCAGAAGGAGCUAGAGGAAUUCAACCUGUUCCUUGCCCAGAAGAGGGUGGACAUCAAAGACCAAGAAGCGUUGGAUUUGUCCUUGACCCUUUAUCUGAACCAGAUGUUUGCCGCAGGCUAUCAAAGUUACCGAGGAGAUCGUCUGAUGGCGGCUUGGCUUCAUCACCACUCCGAAUACGGCCGAAACGGAUCUUUGAAAUUGCCCCGUUCCUGGCGAGCCAUGCGGGGCUUCAGAAAGCUCACGCCUGGGAAAUCCAGGAAGGCAAUGCCCUUGGCGGUUUGGGCUGCCAUUGCAGCCGAAAUGAAAAGGACCAACCACCUGAGAAUGGCAGUUUUCCUAGUUCUGUCCGUAUCAACCUAUGCCAGGCCCUCGGAAUUGCUGAGAGCCAGAGUGUUCUCUCUUGUCCGACCAGUGCCGGGCGUGACACGAUGUUGGUCUCUCCUGCUGUCGCCGGAAGAGCGAGAAGAAAGAACCAAAACUGGAGAGUUCGACACGUCUUUGAUGUUGGACAGCACGUGGAUGACAGAGUGGAUUUCCCCCAUUUUGGAGUGCUUGAAGAAGAACCAUCCAGAGUCUCCACUGUGGGACUUCGACUACACAGCCUACCACAGGGUAUUCCGAGACAUUGUGCAGAAGUUCCAGUUGGACAUGACACCUUACAUGUCCCGACACAGUGGUCCGUCAAUCGACCGGGCAAGAAACUUUCGCAGUCAACACGAAGUCCAAAAGCGAGGCCAGUGGAAAGCUCAGAAGAGCAUCAUGCGCUACGAGAAGAGUGCAAGGCUGGCAGCUCAGUGGGAGUCAUUGCCCCAGCCUUUCCGGCUGCACGCCCGAAAUUGCGAGGCAAACCUUGGGGAGAUGCUGUUGGGGCGAAAAGACGUUCCAAUUUACACCGGAAGAGGGCAGUAG